AUGGAGGAGCAUCUAGAGGCUGGGAAGGAGAGCAAGCCCUCCUCCAUGUCCCCGGACCUGCAGGGAGACAGCUCCUUACAGGUGGAGAUCUCUGAUGCCGUCAGCGAGCGGGACAAGGUGAAAUUCACUGUUCAAACCAAGAGCUGCGUCCCUCACUUCGCCCGGACCGAGUUCUCAGUCGUGCGACAUCAUGAGGAGUUCAUCUGGCUACACAAUGCCUACGUGGAAAACGAGGAGUACGCCGGUCUCAUUAUCCCCCCAGCCCCUCCAAGGCCAGACUUUGAGGCUUCAAGGGAAAAACUGCAGAAGUUGGGUGAGGGAGACAGCUCUAUCACACGGGAAGAGUUUGCCAAAAUGAAGGAGGAGCUGGAAGCGGAGUAUCUGGCCAUCUUUAAGAAGACAGUUGCGAUGCAUGAAGUCUUUCUGCAGCGCCUGGCGGCCCACCCCACCCUGCGUCGAGACCAUAACUUCUUUGUCUUUUUGGAAUAUGGCCAGGAUCUGAGUGUCCGAGGAAAGAACAGGAAGGAGCUCUUUGGGGGGUUUCUGAGGAAUAUUGUGAAGUCUGCAGAUGAAGCCCUCAUCACUGGCAUGUCAGGACUCAAGGAGGUGGAUGACUUCUUCGAGCAUGAGAGGACCUUCCUGCUGGAGUACCACACCCGCAUCCGGGAUGCCUGCCUUCGCGCAGACCGAGUCAUGCACUCUCACAAGUGCCUGGCAGAUGAUUAUAUCCCUAUCUCAGCCGCACUGAGCAGUCUGGGAACACAGGAAGUCAACCAGCUAAAGACGAGCUUCCUCAAAUUGGCAGAGCUCUUUGAACGACUAAGGAAACUGGAGGGCCGAGUGGCUUCUGACGAGGACCUGAAGCUGUCGGACAUGCUGAGGUACUACAUGCGCGACUCACAGGCAGCCAAGGACCUGCUGUACCGGCGGCUGCGGGCACUGGCAGACUAUGAGAACGCCAACAAGGCACUGGACAAGGCGCGCACCAGGAACCGGGAGGUGCGGACCGCCGAGAGCCACCAGCAGCUGUGCUGCCAGCGCUUUGAACGCCUCUCCGACUCAGCCAAGCAGGAGCUCAUGGACUUCAGAUCCCGCCGCGUCUCCUCCUUCCGCAAGAACCUCAUCGAGCUGGCGGAGCUGGAGCUCAAACACGCUAAGGCCAGCACCCUGCUUCUCCGGAACACCCUUGUCAUCCUCAAGGGGGAACCUUAGAGCCACCAGAG